GCCGGUGGCGUAUACUGGUCAAACCGCGGGCGUCCCAUAGUGGACACAUCGGAACCACUUGGAAAGAAAAGAAAGUGAUAACAGCAAAACAGCAUCGAAAGCGUUUCAGAGACGGUGGGAAAGCUGCCCAAGACAGGCAAACUCGGCAGAGCUCAACUUCUGCCUCGGAGUUUCUUCCUCUGCUAGUUAAUAAGACGCUCGGAUCACCUGUUGGAGCCGCGGAUACCACCGUCAUCUGUUCUGCACAGUAAAGCCAUGACCACUAUCAGCCCUCCGAAAGGGUGCAGUGCCUCCCUUAACUUUAUUUAUUACAACCUGUGUGACCUGGCUGCAGUAUGGGGCAUCGUGGUGGAGGCCAUCGCUGCUGCUGGUGUGGUGUGCUCCUUUGUCCUUUUGGUUGUCCUCAUGGGCAGCCUCCCCUUUGUCACAGACAAGAAGAGGAAGAGUAUGGUGGCCUUGCAGGCAAGUUUUUUAGUGUUCACCCUCGGACUCUUUGGCCUGUCAUUCGCCUUCGUCGUGAGGUGGUAUUUCACCACCUGUGUCCUGCGGAGGUUCCUGUUUGGGGUAUUGUUCGCUGGUUGCCUGGCCUGCCUGGCAAUGCACGGCCUGUGGCUCGCCCUGCUCGAGCGCCAUGGGCAGGGGCCCAGAGGCUGGAUACUGUGCCUGGGGGCCCUGACCCUCUGGCUGGUGGAGGUUAUCAUCAACACCGAGUGGCUGAUUAUCACUGUUGCCAGGAGCCCCCAAAGGUCCAUCUCCGAACUUUCCUGCAAAAUUGCCAACCAGGACUUUGUGAUGGCACUGAUAUACGUGAUGGCUCUGCUGCUGGCGGUGGUGCUGACGGCUGUGCCCUUGCUGGCACACAAGCAGAAGCAGUGGCGCCAAGAUAGGGCCUUCAUCCUCGCCACAGGGGUUUUCACCAUGGCCAUCUGGGUAGUCUGGAUUUUUAUGUUCAUCCAUGGGAAUCAGGUGGCUGGGAACACAAGCUGGGAUGAGCCCACUCUGGCCAUAGCCUUGGUGUCCAAUGCCUGGGUGUUCCUCAUCCUCUACACCAUCCCAGAAAUCUGCCUACUGACCAAGGUAGACCCAGACCAGGAGCAGCCCCACGACGGAGACCCCAUCUAUCCUGCUAGCAGCCUGAUCUAUGAAAACAUCCCCAAGCAGCGGAACUUACUCCGGCCCAACGUCUACGUGGAGAAUAAGGCAUUCUCCAUGGAUGAGCCCAAUGCAGUGACCAAGAAUCCGCUGUCUCCGUACGGCAGUUAUAACGGCCAGCUGCGAAGCAGCGUGUACCAGCCCACCGAGCUCGCCUUCAUUACCAAGGGCCUGCCUAACAGCCAGCCCCACGGCCACGGACUAGUCCUCCCCAGGGCGAAGGCGCAUCAUCCGAAUCAGGGCAGCGGCGGCCCUCUCCCUCCAGCGGCCCACCCGCUGCCGUCUCCGAGGACGCAUGCGCAGAUAGUGAAGAUGGUUUGAACCAACAAGAAAGCGCUCCGGGGACGUCGUCAAUAUGCGACGCUAUGACCCGAGUCCCCCUUUCGGAAGAUUUCGUGUGCCCCCAAAAUCUCUUCGCCUCCACUUUUGUUUCCACAGCUUUUCCUCGGGUGGUAAGAGACCAGAAAGUGUGGCCGAAAUGAAUAUCUGGAAAUGGACGAGUUACUUAGAAAGCAGAGUCAGCGGGCUGUGUACCUGACGCCAGGGCAUCUGCGUGGGAAGCUUGUGCCUCCCGUGUAAAGCCCACUUCCUGUUGCCUUUUAUGGCACAAACGGCCAUCUUUAAACUUCGACCAAUGGCUCUGCCCCCGGUGAUGGGCAGAGCUUUUGGGCAAUUUAUAAGGGAAA